AUGGCAUACAAACCGACAGUAUGCACUGCCAGCAUGAAGUGCCCGGCAGUCGUCGUCAUUCAGGACUGGAACGGCAUGAACGACUAUGAGAAGGAGCGCACCCGCAUGUUGGCCGGCUUGGGCUACGUUGGGUUCGCGGCCGACAUCUACGGUUAUGGCACACCCGUAGAGGACAUGUCCGAUUGGAUGGCUGCUUCCUCUGCUCAUCGCGGAAAUCCGGACCUUUACAUGUCAAAGAUCAGCGCAGCCAUUGACAAGGUGAAGACCUACGAUUUCGUGGACACGAGCAAGAUUGCCGUGAUUGGCUACUGCUUCGGCGGCACUGGGGUGGUGAACAUGGCCAUUCUGGGCAUGGACAUCCUUGGUGUUGUGGGCUACCACUCCGGCAUCCAACCGAAUGCAAGGGUGGUGAGAGGCAACAGCACGGUGCCAGUCGUCGCCAAGGUGCUGCUCCACUCUGGCGUGAUGGACGAUGCCGCAACGGACAUGGCAUUGCUGGAGCAGGAGCUCGAGUCCGCACAGGCCACAUAUGAAAUCGAUCGCUACGGCAGCGGUGUCUACCACAGCUUCACGGAGUGGAGCGCCGCCUUCCCUGGCCAAGCCAUGUACGACCAACGUGCAGAUGUGAGGUCCUGGGAGAGCACCAAGCUCUUCUUGGCAGAGCUGUUCUCCGGGCUUCCAGCUGCAAGCCGUGGACCAGAGCAUGACACGGUGACGACAGGGCUCCACAACUACACCUGCAACACAACAACCUGUGAGGGAUACAUGGCAUACAAUGCUUCGGCAUGCACCGCCAGCAUGAAGUGCCCGGCAGUCGUCGUAAUUCAGGACUGGAACGGCAUGAACGACUAUGAGAAGGAGCGCGCCCGCAUGUUGGCCGGCUUGGGCUACGUUGGGUUCGCGGCCGACAUCUACGGUUAUGGCACACCCGUAGAGGACAUGUCCGAUUGGAUGGCUGCGUCCUCUGCUCAUCGCGGAAAUCCGGACCUUUACAUGUCAAAGAUCAGCGCAGCCAUUGACAAGGUGAAGACCUACGAUUUCGUGGACACGAGCAAGAUUGCCGUGAUUGGCUACUGCUUCGGCGGCACUGGGGUGGUGAACAUGGCCAUUCUGGGCAUGGACAUCCUUGGUGUUGUGGGCUACCACUCCGGCAUCCAACCGAAUGCAAGGGUGGUGAGAGGCAACAGCACGGUGCCAGUCGUCGCCAAGGUGCUGCUCCACUCUGGCGUGAUGGACGAUGCCGCGACGGACAUGGCAUUGCUGGAGCAGGAGCUCGAGUCCGCACAGGCCACAUAUGAAAUCGAUCGCUACGGCAGCGGUGUCUACCACAGCUUCACGGAGUGGAGCGCCGCCUUCCCUGGCCAAGCCAUGUACGACCAACGUGCAGAUGUGAGGUCCUGGGAGAGCACCAAGCUCUUCUUGACAGAGCUGUUCUCCGGGCUUCCAGCUGCGGCUCGAGAACCUGAGUGUGACGACGAUCACGACCACGACAAUCAGGCCAACAGCACGCAAACCUCCGACGCUUUCUACCUCGCCUUCCCUUCCUUGGCCAGCCUCGCGGCGUUGGCUGUCAUGGCGGCAUAA